AUGCCGGGUUUUCAUCCUCGUAAGAGAAUCACGCCAGAAUCACCCACUCCUCCAGUUAGAAGAAGCUCACCAUCCACCCCACAAGGGUCACCAGGAUCACCACUACCACCCCCCGCCCGAAACGACACAGUUUCACCAUUACCCGAGCAGGUCAUCCAUGACUCAUUGUCUUCAUCGACCCUCGCACGUACCCAUCCAAUGCUGUCACCACCGCCCGGGUUCCUGUUUCCCCCUUCAUCACCACUUAUCACACCACCCCUUAGAAACAAAGACAAAGAUCCCUACUUCUCUUCUGCUUCUUCUUCAUCUUCGCCCAACAAAUUCAAACCCCCACAAUACCCACAACCAACCUCCGCCCCUCCCAUUUCUAAUGAAGACGAUUACAUCGCUCUCUCCAAUCUUGAAACGCUCAACUCACCCACCGAUGACGAUGUAUCUCUCCACGCCUUGUUUGUUGAAGUAUCUCUCAAACCUGUGUUUCCCCCCACCAUCGACCACGCCAAUGCCCCAUCAUCACCUUCCGCAAAAUUGGGCGCUGGGCUUGAUAAUCUUGGAAACACGUGCUUCAUGUCUUCUAUCCUUCAGUGUUUUACCCAUACUGUGCCACUCAUUCAGGGUCUUCGUUCUUGUACUCAUGCUUGCGGUGAGGACGGUUUCUGUGGUUUAUGUGCUCUCCGUGAGCACAUUGAGCUAUCCUUAGCAUCCUCUGGAUCAUCUAUUGCUCCCACUAGGCUUGUUGACAAGUUGACCUAUUUUUCACCUUCUUUUAGAAGAGGCGAGCAGCAGGAUGCACACGAGUUUAUGCAGUGUGUCUUAAAUAAACUACGAAGUUGUUUCCCUUACCGAGACGAUAAUCUUGUUGAAAAUAUAUUUGGAAGUCGUCUUAUUAGUAAUCUCCGGUGCUGUAACUGUGGCUACUCCUCUGAUACUUAUGAGCCGGUGCUUGACGUGAGUUUAGGGAUAGAAAAUAUGAAUACCCUUCAGCUUGCACUGGAAUCUUUCACCAAGGUUGAAAAGAUUAAUGAGAAUUUUAAAUGCGAUGCCUGUGGGGAAGAAUUGUCCACGGAGAAGCGGCUUUUGUUGGAUCAAACACCUUUAGUUGCAGCAUUUCAUUUGAAGAGAUUUAAGAGAGAUGGGUCCUCUGUUAAAAAGAUUAGUGGUCAUGUUCAAUUCACGUUGCAGUUGGACUUGUUACCUUAUAUCUCCGGUAACGGCAAUAAUAAUGAUGUACCUUUGCAGUAUGAUUUAUAUGCAGUUCUUGUGCAUCUUGGAUAUUCACUUAACUCAGGGCAUUACUUUUGCUUUGUUCGAUCUGACCCAGACAAGUGGCAUAAGAUGAAUGACGCAAAGGUUACUAGUGUCUCUGGUGAUUCAGUGCUGAGUCAAGAGGCAUAUAUACUCUUUUAUGCACGAGAGGGUACACCGUGGUUUUCAAGUAUUAUGGAGGGUGAAAAGUCAGAUCCGAAGUCAUUUGCAGAUCAUAGACCUGAUUCUGGGGAUGAAGGAUAUUACGAUGAUCCCUUUGAUCUUUAUGAUGACCUUGUCAGUGAUAUUGAAGAAUUUGAUUCUUCCAAGAGUUCCAUUGAAUAUUAUUGUUGCCAUGGCCUAAAGAGCUGCAGUGCUCACAUAAAGAAGUUGCAAGUGGUUUUGAUGACUAUCCCUGAAUUGUCUUUAAAGAUUCCACCUAUAUGGUUAGAUUCUCUAACUGAUUUGGCAAUAUAUUCGAGUAGUCUCAUUCUUUCUGCUCAUGAAAGGGUCAACUGUGUGCCUCUCAAAACUGGCAUAUCUCAUCCACCAAUUUAUAUGCCUCAUUUGGGUCUUCCUCAUAAGGGCUCCUCUAGCUACUGCAUCAACUGUGACUUUGUUGGAGAUUGA